CAAUAGGAAUAGCCCGGUUACAAACUUCCCUGCAGUUUUAAAUCUCACUGCUGAUGGAAAUCUCGCCCUUCAUGAUAACACCAGCAAUGUCAUCUGGCUAACAAACACCUCAAAUGUAAGUGAUCCCACCGUUCAACUCUUGGAUUCAGGAAAUCUUGUCUUGACUGAUAAUUCUAGAAGAUUAGUGUGGCAGAGCUUUGAUUAUCCAUCAGAUACCUUUCUUCCUGGCAUGAAGCUUGGAUUUAAUCAACAUCUUGACUGGCAUCUCACAUCAUGGACGAGCCCCUCAGACCCUUCUCCAGGGACCUACUCCUCCAAAAUUUAUGGAUACCGUGAAAUAGGGAUAUGGAAUUUGACUAUCCUUAAGUAUCGAAGUGGCCCAUGGAAUGGCCAUGGAUUCAAUGGCUUCACAGAUAUGAAAUCUGCUGAGUUUUUUAGCUUUAGAUUCUUCAUCAAUCAGGAAGAGGAAUACUACACGUUUGAAAUCAUCAACAAGUCUAUAUUAUCGCGGGUGGUACUGAAUCAAUUUGGAGUGGUUCAGCGCUCUGUGUUGCUUGAUCCAAUCCAUGGAUGGAAACUCUACUGGUGGUUUCCAAUGGACCAGUGUGAUGAGUAUGCUGAGUGUGGAGCCUUUGGAGUUUGCAAUACCAAUGACUCAUCUGUGUGCAAGUGUUUGAGAGGGUUUGUGCCCAAGUCACCAGAAGAUUGGGCUCUCAGAGAUUUCUCUGAUGGCUGUGUGCGGAGAACAGCUCUGCAUUGUGGAAGAGGAGGGGAUGGGUUUCUAAAGGUGACUGGACUGAAGUUGCCAGAUACUUCAAAUGCUAUGGUAGAUCGAAACAUGAGCCUUGAUGAUUGUAGAGACAGGUGUUUGAAGAAUUGUUCUUGCAUGGCCUUUAAUAGCUUUUCCGAAGACGGAAGUGCAUGUCUCACCUGGCACGGUGACCUAAUAGAUAUUAGAGAGUUUACAGAAGGAGGGCAAGAUCUAUAUGUACGGCUUGCAUCUUCUGAACUAGAUACAAUACAGGGCAAUUCUAGUAAGAAGAAGAGUGUGAUUUUCAUUGUUAUUCCCAUAUUAUUGGGGUUUCCCCUAUUGGUGUUCCUUGGACUAUUUAUAUCAAAGAAGAAAAGAAAAGAAGGUAUACUAGGUGAUUCUUUUCCCCCCAAAGAAAGCAGAGGAAAGGAGUUGGAAUUGCCUCUAUUUGAUAUGUCUAUGAUAAAGAGUGCUACUGAUGACUUCUCCUUCAAUAAUGAACUUGGAAAGGGGUUUGGCCCUGUUUAUAAGGGUCAGUUGAGAGAUGGGCAAGAGAUUGCUGUUAAGAGGCUGUCCAAGGAUUCUGUGCAGGGUUUGGAUGAGUUCAAGAAUGAGGUUUUCCUGAUUGCCAAACUUCAACACAGAAACCUUGUAAGGCUUCUUGGUUGCUGCAUCCAACAUGAGGAAAGAAUGCUGAUAUACGAGUACAUGCCAAACAAGAGCUUGGAUGCCUUCAUAUUUGAUAAAACAAAAGGUGAAUUGUUGAGUUGGCAAAAGCGUCGUGAGAUCAUUAUGGGAAUUGCUCGAGGACUUCUCUAUCUUCAUCAAGAUUCUAGGCUAAAAAUAAUUCAUAGGGACCUGAAAGCUAGCAAUAUUCUGCUCGAUAAGGACAUGAAUCCCAAAAUUUCAGACUUUGGCACUGCAAGAAUUUUGAAAGGAGAUGACAAUCAAGAGAACACAAGGAGAGUGGUUGGCACAUAUGGCUACAUGUCCCCAGAAUAUGUAAUGCAUGGCAUCUUUUCAGUGAAAUCUGAUGUCUUCAGCUUUGGAGUUAUUAUACUAGAGAUCCUGAGUGGUAUGAAAAAUAGAAUGGUGAAUCAAGCACAACCCUGUGUAAACCUUUUAGGAUAUGCAUGGAGACUUUCGGAGGAUCAUAGAUGCUCGGUGCUACUUGAUGAAGCAAUAAAAUGUUCAUACCCUACGUCUGAAGUAUUGCGAUGUCUACAAAUUGGUCUCUUGUGUGUGCAAGAAAGAAGUGAAGAUAGACCAACGAUGGCAGACGUAGUUGUUAUGCUGAGCAAUGAAGGGGUGGCACUGCCACAGCCCAAAAGGCCUGGUUUCUGCAUGGAUGGAACUUCAUUAGAAAGAGACUGCACUUCCACUGAGCAACAUUCACAUACAGUAAAUGAGAUCACAGAUACAUUGCUUGUAGGCCGAUAAAACACCAAUCUCAACAAGCAAAUUAGCCACUUCUCAUCCCGUCUUGGAUAGAUUCUUCUCUUUCUACCCAUGGAGUUUCUUUUGGCUUUUUUUUUU